UCCCAGCUCUGAGAUGCCUGCGGAAUGAUCGCCCCCCAGGGCGGCUGCCGCUGCUGCUGCUGCUGCUGCUGCCGCCGCCGCCGCCGCUGCUGCCCCCGCUCCUGCCACCGCCUCUGUCUCCACUCUGCUCUGACUGGCAGGCAGAAAGUGCAACUGGAGGGGAAGGUCUCUGCAGUGACACUGGAGUGGCUACACAAAAGAGAGUAAAGAGGGGGCACAAACCCAGAUCAGAAUGCAGGCGACGUCCAAUCUACUCAAUCUGCUGCUGCUGUCUCUGCUUGCUGGAUUAGAUCCUUCCAAGACGCAGAUCAGUCCCAAGGAGGGAUGGCAGGUGUACAGCUCGGCGCAGGACCCUGACGGCCGGUGCAUCUGCACGGUGGUUGCUCCAGAACAGAACCUGUGCUCCCGCGACGCCAAGAGCCGGCAGCUGCGCCAACUGCUGGAAAAGGUUCAGAAUAUGUCCCAGUCUAUUGAAGUCUUAAACUUGAGAACUCAGAGAGAUUUCCAAUAUGUUCUAAAAAUGGAAACCCAGAUGAAAGGGUUGAAGGCCAAGUUUCGGCAGAUUGAAGAUGAUCGGAAGACACUAAUGACCAAGCAUUUUCAAGAGCUCAAGGAGAAGAUGGAUGAGCUCCUGCCCUUGAUCCCGGUGCUGGAACAGUACAAAACAGACGCCAAGCUCAUCACCCAGUUCAAGGAGGAGAUCCGCAACCUGUCUGCCGUCCUCACGGGGAUCCAGGAGGAGAUCGGCGCCUACGACUACGAGGAACUGCAUCAGCGGGUGCUCAGCUUGGAGACCAGACUCCGCGACUGCAUGAAAAAGCUGACAUGUGGCAAACUGAUGAAAAUCACAGGGCCAGUUACAAUCAAGACUUCUGGAACCCGAUUUGGUGCCUGGAUGACUGAUCCUUUAGCGUCCGAAAAAAAUAACAGAGUCUGGUAUAUGGACAGUUAUACUAACAACAAAAUAGUCCGUGAGUACAAAUCCAUUGCGGACUUUGUCAGCGGGGCCGAAUCAAGGACAUACAACCUCCCUUUCAAAUGGGCAGGAACUAACCACGUCGUCUACAACGGCUCGCUCUACUUUAACAAGUACCAGAGUAACAUCAUCAUCAAGUACAGCUUCGAUCUGGGCAGAGUGCUUGCCCAGCGGAGCCUGGAGUAUGCUGGCUUUCAAAAUGUCUACCCCUACACGUGGGGGGGAUUCUCCGACAUCGACCUCAUGGCUGAUGAGAUCGGGCUGUGGGCUGUGUAUGCAACUAACCAGAACGCAGGCAACAUUGUCAUCAGUCAGCUGAACCAAGAUACCUUAGAGGUGGUGAAGAGUUGGAACACUGGCUACCCCAAGAGGAGUGCUGGGGAGUCAUUCAUGAUCUGUGGGACACUGUAUGUCACCAACUCCCACUUAACGGGAGCCAAGGUGUACUAUUCCUAUUCCACCAAAACCUCCACAUAUGAGUACACAGACAUUCCCUUUCAUAACCAAUACUUCCACAUAUCCAUGCUUGACUACAACUCCAGGGAUAGAGCUCUUUAUGCCUGGAACAAUGGUCACCAGGUCCUGUUCAAUGUCACCCUUUUUCACAUCAUUAAGACUGAGGAUGACACAUAAGCAAAUGUAAUUUGUUUUCACUGAUCUAAACAGUGACAUUUGUGAUCAACUCUCUAGGACCCCUUUGGUGUUUUCUUUAUUAUAAUGUUCCACCAUUUCUCCAAAGCAUUUUUAUUAUAAAGUUGGUGUUUCAAAAAAGCAGCAGGCCUGUCUAAAUUCACCUGUUGGAAACCAUCUGAACUCCUAAAUUUACAAGGCCUAUCAUGUCCUUGUCAUGAAAAGCAUUACAAAGAGCUUAAGUGACUAAAGUCAGACUUUUAGCAAAAGAUUAAUGGUCUGCCUUAUAUUAGAGUCAGAGACUAAUGGUAGCUUAAAUGCAUGAAUGUCUCUUUCUACUUUUUUUCUUUUUUAACUCUGCCAUUUUUUACUGUCUCUAGCUCCACACCAGGAAACAUUCUGAUAGGAAUCAGGAAAACACAAAACAAAAAACAAACAGCACUUUCUCCCCAUUCCGUUUGAAAAGAUACGUGAGGAUUUUCUUUACAUGGAGAGAGAACACGAGUCACUUCCCUGUCCCUCAUCCUUGACGCGGUGCUGACAGUCAUUUCUAAAUCUCUUCUAACACUUGAUCGGCAAUAUGUAUUUCUACCAUCGAAACCACCAUUGUGCAAUUGUAUCUCUUCACUUCUGUGAAAGUAAGUGAUUUUUUUAUAGAAUACACUGAAGUUUAAUCUCAGUAAUUAUUAUGGGUCCAUUUUCAAGCGUGGUCAGGAAGGAAGUAUCUUCUCGGCGUACCCCUUUACAUAGUAUUAAGAGCUAAAAAGAAAAUCGAACCAGGUCCCUUCCAUCGAGUUUCAGUUCACCCCAAAUCCUGGCCCACUGACACGGGACGCUAACCAGAUUCGGUACAGACCAGUGACUCACUCUCCCUGUGGAAAGCAGCCCUUACCGGGGCUUGCAGAGAGGAGCUGAGCCACUAACUUGGAUUGGAGUUGACUAUACUCAUUUAUAAUGCAACCAAACAAAUUUUGUUCUUCAUAACUAAAUAUAUCAGUGUUGUAACUUAUAUUUCACACACAACUUGCAAUAAUGUGGUUCCUUGUGUCAGCAUUCUAAAAGUACAUGAAGCACAUAUAACAACUCUUUUAAAAAUUCUGUAAUAUCAUCUAGAUUUACGUUAUAAACUCUGGAGAGUUAUUGGCCAGAUUUGUGCAAAAGAGAAUGAUAGGAAGACUUGGGAGUUGUCCGUGUCAUUUAAAUUUACGAACAGCCAGUUUGGAAGGCAACCCCUGCUUACCGCGAUUCACUGUGUGUGCAGAAAUGAUGUAACCAAAAAAGACAGCUUUAGGAUUUUAUGUUAACAACUCCAAACACAUAUGAUCGAUAUAUAUUGAACAUCUCUUUGAGUUUGGAUAAACGUUCCAUAUU